UUGAAGAGAAUUUAACUACCUCAGAUUAUGAUGAAGUUAUAGAAAUAGAAUCUAAAAACUAUUCAACUCCUGAUAUUGAAAGUAGUGAAGAAGAAAUAUUCGAGAAUAUUGGAAAUUAUGAUGAAAGAUUUAGUUGGAUAUUAAUUUAG